ACACCGAAAGGCAGAUAAAAACAGAAACAACUCUAUCUAUCCCUAAACCACCUCUUCUCACUCGUCUCGUCUCUCCGGCAGUAACCAUGUCUCCAGCUCCCGUUGUUGAGGUUGACGCCGCUAAACCAGAAGUUUCCGACCAGAUCUCUUCUCUCGAAGAAGUUGUCACCCAGAAACACCUCAAGAAUGAGGAUGAACCUGUUGUUGAGGACGUGAAGGAUGAUGAGGAUGAUGACGAGGACGACGAUGACGACGAUGAUGAUGACGACGAUGAGAAGGACGAUGGUACUCCCGGUGCCAAUGGGAGCUCAAAGCAGAGCAGAAGUGAAAAGAAAAGUCGUAAGGCAAUGUUGAAGCUUGGGAUGAAACCGGUUACCGGUGUUAGCAGAGUCACCAUCAAGAGAACCAAAAAUAUUUUGUUUUUCAUCUCAAAACCAGAUGUUUUUAAGAGCCCGAACUCUGAGACAUAUGUCAUAUUUGGGGAAGCUAAGAUUGAGGAUUUGAGCUCUCAGCUGCAGACACAGGCUGCUCAACAGUUUAGGAUGCCAGAUAUGGCAUCUGUGCUUCCAAAAUCUGAUGCUUCUGGAGCAGCUGCGGCGGCCCAGGCUGAUGAAGAAGAGGAAGAAGUUGAUGACACAGGAGUUGAGCCUCGAGACAUUGAUCUAGUUAUGACACAAGCAGGAGUACCGAGGGGCAAGGCUGUUAAGACGCUCAAGGCACAUGAUGGAGACAUUGUUAGUGCUAUCAUGGAGCUUACUACAUAGGUGGGUUUUAAAUUAGCAACCAGAUUGUUUUAUCCUGAAAACUUGUCUUAUGCCAUGUUCUUGGAACAUUUAGUUAAAAAUUGUAGUCAAAUUGGCUCGCUUGUCGUCUGGCGACUGAAUUAUUUGUCUUCCAAACUUGCGAAUUUUGUGGCGAUUCAGUUUUCGAGCAGUAAUAUCAGAUUUUUUUA